GCUCCCAACAGCGCAUGCGCUGUUUGUGGAGAAAGCUAUCUAGAGCUGCUGUCGCCGCUAUGGGUAUAGCGCUGUGUUGAGAGAAAAAAAUACACCAAUUAUUCGUUUGGAAAGGAUAAAAAGUUAAUUCUUUACAGUGUUGCCAUAAAACAAAGGCAAGGGGAGCGACAAAGACGUAAUAUAUGUGGUUUGUCCCAGGUAGAAGAGGGAUGGAAAGGAUGGGUUGUGCAGAAAAUGUCGCCAAGCAUGCUGUGAUAACCUAAUCAACCUUCAUAUCGCAUUCUUCCGGGCACCUCUGUCCCCUGCUUUGUGAGAAACACUCUAUGGUGACCUUGCCCAUUAUGGAAUGACAUGCAUGCCAUCCUCAAAACAUUUGAAAGGCUAAGCGGUGAUAUUUAAAGGGGCGUCAGCACUUCCGCCCGAGGGCCUACGCCGGCGAUGGCUCAGGUCCCGUCCCCGCCUCCCCCGGGGGAGACGUCCAGCGGAGCUGUGGCAGAGAGCUGGUGCUACACACAGGUUAAAGUGGUGAAGUUCUCGUACAUGUGGACCAUAAACAACUUCAGUUUCUGCCGAGAGGAGAUGGGGGAGGUGCUGAAGAGCUCGACCUUCUCGUCGGGUCCGAACGACAAGAUGAAGUGGUGUCUGCGUGUGAACCCAAAGGGACUGGAUGACGAAAGCAAAGACUAUCUCUCCUUGUAUUUACUACUUGUUAGCUGUCCAAAAAGUGAAGUCCGAGCAAAGUUCAAGUUUUCUUUAUUGAACGCGAAACGAGAAGAAACUAAAGCUAUGGAAAGCCAAAGAGCAUACCGAUUUGUCCAAGGGAAGGACUGGGGCUUCAAAAAGUUUAUUCGGAGGGACUUUUUGCUUGACGAGGCAAACGGACUCUUACCGGAUGACAAGCUCACACUGUUCUGUGAGGUGAGCGUUGUGCAGGACUCUGUGAACAUCUCUGGCCAGUCCAACAUGAACAUGCUGAAGGUUCCGGAAUGCCAGCUGUCGGACGACCUGGGGAACCUGUGGGAGUGCUCCAGGUUCACAGACUGCAGCCUCUACGUCGGGGGGCAGGAGUUCAAAGCCCACAAAUCCAUAUUAGCAGCCAGAUCCCCAGUUUUUAAUGCCAUGUUUGAACAUGAAAUGGAAGAAAGUAAAAAGAACAGAGUAGAUAUCAGCGACGUCGACCCGGACGUUUUCAAGGAACUGAUGGGCUUCAUCUACACGGGGAAAGCGCCGAAUCUGGAGAAAAUGGCCGACAACCUGUUGGCCGCCGCUGACAAAUACGCGCUGGAGCGCUUAAAGGUCAUGUGCGAGGAGGCUCUCUGCAGCAGCCUCUCGGUGGAGAACGUGGCGGACAUCCUCAUCCUGGCCGACUUGCACAGCGCCGAGCAGCUCAAAGCACAAGCCAUAGAUUUUAUCAACAGGUGCAGCGUCCUCAGACAGCUGGGCUGCAAAGACGGAAAAAACUGGAAUAACAAUCACGCAGCGGACAUAAUGGAGACGGCGGGCUGGAAGUCCAUGAUCCAGUCCCACCCCCACUUAGUGGCGGAGGCCUUCCGCGCCCUGGCGUCGGCGCAGUGCCCCCCCUUCGGCCUCCCCAGGAAGCGCCUAAAACAGUCCUGACUCGCCCUGGUCCUUUAAAAAAAAAAAACAAAAAAAAAAAACACAAACUUUCACAGGAGAAAACACAAAAAGGAGUCUGCUGGCAUUUCUGCUCCCCGCCCUGCCCCGAACCCCGAACCCCAAAUUGAGCUAUGGAACUAAUUCUGGUCUAGAGCGGUUGUUGCUGCUUCUUGGGCAGGAGCAGGAGGGGUGGGUGGGGAGGGGGGGGGACGCUAGGCGACUACUCGACGGCGUCCCGCAUCGCUUCUUCAACAGACGGGAGUUUGCUUUUGGUCUUUCCGCUUUAUUUACAAUCUUUUCUGUGAUUUCAAAAAGGCCUUAAACUGUCCGCCAUUGCUCCAGAGUUUAUAUUGUUACUUCCGUAUUUAACUGUGUGCCUGUCUUAAGAGACCAGACCUCCGGAUUGCACUAGUUCCCAUAAUGCAGCAGUUUUGAUAUGGAGUUCUAUAGGAAUGUUUCGAUAUGUGUUUGAUUAAUGGGAAAUAUUGUGUGUCGUUAAUGUUUAGCUCCUUUUGUGACUAGACAUUAAAAAAGUGUGAACAUUUUGA